UUGUGUUGACAAUCCUGACGCAAUCGCGCCAAAGUUUAAUACAGGACGAUGAGGUUAUGUUUUGUGUUGUAUUUCAUUUCGUUGUUGUUAGCCCCUUUGUUAUUAGUUACAAUGUUUUAUGAAGCGAGAAGAGCAGAAACUUGAGAAGAAGUGAACUGCAAUUUAAACUCAAGUAAAAACCAGAAGUGAGGCGAAAUUGAAAUUUCGUAAAAGAAAAAAGAUUGUGAACAACUGGAACAAUGAACAGUCAGCAAGAAACAAGGUUAAUGCAAAGUUAUGAUGAAAACCCUCUUAUAAUACUGAAAAAUAUUAAAGAAGUGAUUAAUAAGUUAGGAUAUUGUCAUGUAUCUGAAUUAGAAGCAUUAUUAAAAGAUGUCAUGUUCUCCUUGUUAACUGCAGCGCAGAAGAUAUAUGCAAAAAAUACAUCAAUUGUUCAGUCCAAUAGUGGUGACGUACUGGAAAUCAUUCGAUCCAACUUUCAGGUGGCCAUACACUUAAUGGAUACAUUGAACGUUAUUCUGCAGCAUGUACUGAAAAUUAGCAGUGAAGUUUUUAAUCUUGUUGCAAGUGUACCUGUCAGUAUGGCUGACGUAUUGUUUCUUACGUUCGACCAUUGUAAACGCAGUCAGAAGAUCUACACUUGUUAUUAUAAAUCUGUUGAAGAAAUUGUAGUGUUGUUCAGAAAAUCACAAGAAGUAUAUACAAAAUACUUGAGUUUUUUGGAUACACAUUUAACCAUAGAUUUUUUUAACGAAACACAUGUAGUUGCCUAUAAAAAAAUUGUAGACACUAUUCUUGAAAUCAGCAGAACAUUAUCGGGUGUUAAUAUGAAGUCUAUGGCAGACAGUUGGAAAGGUUUUAUUGGAUUCGUGCAAAAAACACCUAACAAUGGUGUUCUUUCGUUGAAUUUAUCUCCAGCGAUUCAAAUUUUGACUGAGGAAAUAAAUAAUAAUUUACAAUUGUUAACUGAAGGGGAGGUACCAGAUUCAGUCAAAUUCAAUCAAAAUUUUAAAGUGACAGGAUUUCUUGUAAAGGUGGUGUUAAAGUUGUUUGAAACCGGUUUAAAUCUUACAGAUAGCUAUGAAGAUAUACUUAUAUUUUGGGUUAUGAUUUUUAGUUGGCAUGAUGGUUUCUUUCGCACUAAUAAUUUUCCUGAACAAAUUGUAGACUGUGUUUCUGCUAUAUUUCAUUUGUCAUCAGAGUCUAAAACACCCUCAAUGAAGGACAGCGGUUUUUUAAAGUUCUGUGUCAUGCAUGAGAAAUUUCCAACGUCUAAACAAAAUUUUGGCUUUUUAAUUCUUAUAAAUCUGUUAAUGAAAGAAUUACCACAACUGAUGGAACAUGAACAAGAGUUGGUAAACGAGUUUAAAAUAAUUUUUUUGAUUCGACAAGUUUUAAAUUUAACAAGAAGUUGUUACGUGGAAUAUUAUUACGACUACGAUUCGGAUUUCUAUGAUGAAUUUAUUAUGAAUGUUGCUGUGGUGAUAUUACUGUUUCCAAAUCAGUUCUGGGAAAUAGAAGAUAUACUAAUGGAAUGUGUAGUAGGAGAACAUAUAUGGACGUCAUUGAUUGUAACUGACAUUUGGUGCUUAGUUUUAAAAUAUUCUACAGACAAAGUUUGUCAAUUGACGUUAAAUACUCUUAUUAAAAAGAUUGGAGAGCUUGGUUUAGGCGUGUUUCAUGAAACAUCAGCCAUAAUACGAUUGAAAGUUCUUGUUCAACGCAUCCUCACGAGUCUUUCAAAUGCUGGUCGUCAUAACGAGGUAGCAAAAUACAGUCCAUCAGAUCAGUUGUCUGUGUGGAAAAUUUUGACUUGUAGAAGUGUUCCUUUAAGUUACAGAUAUUAUGUAGAAUUCUUCAUGAGUGACAUCUUUGAAAAAAUGGAUAUUAUUGAAAAAGAAGAUUAUACGUAUAGUGAUAUUCUAAAUUUGAUGGAAAUUGUGGGUAUAGUUUCCUACACAAAAUUUAACGAUCUUGAAAUAAAUACUACGAAAUUAUUGCCAGUAGUUAUGCAUUUAUGGUCUUUUGAUAUGCAUGAUGUGCACUCUACGAAUGUAUUUUUUAAAUACUUUUUGUCUAAAUUAAUAAGGAUCACAGUAGCAGUAAGUGGAGAAUUAACUAGUGACGAUCUUCAUCUUAUUUUAGCCCAGCUGAAAGUUUUAUUGACCGGUUCUAUAUCUAAAAUAUUAAUUAAUGAUAUUUUACAUGAAGUAGCGAAAAGAAAUUUUAAUCACUUACCAGAUAAACAUCCAUUACUCUCAUUAAUUUAUGAAAUAUUUAAAAUUUUGUUGAAUGAUAAAAACAUAAUUAUUGUUCAGUUAGCUUUGGAGAGCUUCAUUAACAUGCUUAACGGUGAUAGUAGUUAUGAAAUUGCAAUAAACAAAGUAAGUAAUAACUCAUUAAAAUCAAAGCAGGACAUUGUUUAUUACUCACAGAAAUGCGCUGCUAAAUUGAAAUAUAAUUUCAAAAAUCUCGAAAAUAUUCAGAGCGAUAAAUGUCAACAUCAUUGUGGUUUCACAAAUUCUUAUCAACCUGCCUGUAAAAAAAUUAAAAUCGAUGAUGCAGAUGCUGUUAUCAGUAAUUUGAAGGAUAACACAGAAAAAUUGUUGAAUGUUAGUAAAUGUGAAUUAACUACCAAGCAAAGGAGUGAUAUUAAAAUUGUCAUAGAUAAACUUGGAAUAUUGUUAUGAUAAUGAAUACUUUGUAUAAGACUAUUAAAUUCUUUUACUUAA